GGCCCCCACCCUGGCUCCUGGUAUAUAAAGGGAUGCUGGGGGCUGAGCACCCCACAGGCCGGCCCUGAGCACACCCAGCUCCCACUCAGCUCCACCAUGUCUCUGACCAAGGCCGAGAGGACCAUCAUCCUGUCCAUGUGGGGCAAGAUCUCCACCCAGGCGGAUGCUAUUGGCACCGAGGCCCUGGAGAGGCUCUUCGCCAGCUUCCCGCAGACCAAGACCUACUUCCCGCACUUCGAGCUGCGCGCGGGCUCGGCGCACCUGAGGGCGCACGGCGCCAAGGUGGUGGCCGCGCUGGGCGACGCGGUGCGCAGCCUCGACGACGUGGCGGGCGCCCUGUCCAGGCUGAGCGAGCUGCACGCCUACAUCCUGCGCGUGGACCCGGUCAACUUCAAGCUGCUGUCCCACUGUCUGCUGGUCACCCUGGCCUCGCACUUCCCCGCCGACCUCACGGCCGACGCCCACGCCGCGUGGGACAAGUUCCUGUCGCUCGUGUCCUGCGUCCUGACCGAGAAGUACCGCUGA